CCGUGGAUAGAAGAGUGACUCGUUGCCCUACUUAGUUGGCCGCAUUAUUCACAGAGCUGCCGCUAUCGGGGCUUAUCGGGGAAGGCUAUCAAUCCGCGCCGAUAAACCCCGCUUGCCUGCCUCGCCAAAAAGGCAGGCCAUCCCGCCCUCGCUUUCCCCAGCCCCAAUCCAACCUUCCUCGUGCCUGACCCUUCCCCUCCCCAUUCAGAUCCCACUACCAGAUUAUCUCCUUUCAUAUCGCGGCUUAUCGACAUUCAAUGACAUCAGUGUCUGUUCUCACGACCACCACGGCGCCGCGCACCGUCAAGCCGGUAGACGCCCCGGCCCGGUCUCGAUCUCUAGGAGGAUGCGAAACCUGUCGUAGGCGCCAUGCAAAAUGUGAUGAGACCCGUCCAUCAUGUCUGGUGUGUGAACGUGCCGGGCUUGUUUGCGAGAGGUAUGAGAUCCGGCUGUUGUUCGAUGCCAGCGAUAGCCAAGGGUCACGAUGCCGCCGUCCCCUGUUUACCGAGGACAUGCGCCAACGGAUGAGUGAGCAGUUGGCCGCCAGUUUGGAUCCUGAUGAUGUUCAUACCAUCCUGACUCGAAUGGAGGAUCACUGCGAAAAGCAGGAAGAGGAAACUAGCACCAACUUUACUACCCACCUGGGUCCCUUUGGUGCCUUUCGCAUCGUCCAGCCGGAGAUUGACCUGGCUGAGAUCCCGACGGACCCCGUCGACGAGCCGCCACAAGUGCAAGACAGUUCACCCAAUAUCGGAUUGGACAUGGCGUUAGAUGAUGCGUUCAGCAAUGAUCCCCUCAUGGAGUGUCUGUUUGGGCAUGUAAAUGUAGAUGCCUCUGGAGACUUUGAGGCACAGGACUUCUUCGCCACAACCCUACCAUUCCCUGAACGGGACGAGAUUUCCCCACAAUCGCUGACAGGAGGCUUUCUUAUGGGAUCAUCAUCAGUCCCCUUGCAGGCGUCAUUAUUAUCUUCUCCCGAGAUCCGGUAUGCUCCGUCUGUGACCAACCUGGCGCCACCAGAUGCCCCCUUACUACUGGCUGCAUACAAGAACAAUGUGACCCAGCUCUUUUCGCCAAUUCAAUUGGAGAAGAGCCCCUGGGGUAUGCUAUAUGUACCUCCAGCAAUGGAGACCCUCGCUCUGUUAGCCAUGGGAGAGUUGGCCAAUAACACGCGAAUGUCAAUAUUUUAUGCCAUCCUCGCAACCAGCGCCUUCAAUCAACGACUAUCCACAGCCACCCGCAGCUCAAAUGAAUACUGGCAGAGACAAGCCGAGACUUUCGCCGUCGAAGCCCAGAGUUACCUCAAGCGAGCGCUGCACGAUGCGUCAUCGAGCGUCAAGAAGACCAAAUAUAAGGACGUUCUCAUCGCACUGCUGUGUAUGAACACAGUUUCAGCCUACCAGGGAAGCCCGGAGCGGGUGCGGCGAUGUCUGCUGGACUGCGAGAACUGGAUCCAAUUUCGUGGUCUGCCUAAGACAAGGAAAUCGCGAAAAGUCCGUUUGCUGCACCAUUGCUAUGUUUAUCUCCGUAUUUUCCAGGAGAGCACCUCAGUUCUGCCCGUGCCCCAUGUAGAGGCGGAAAUCGACCCUGCAUCUCCCGAGACUGUACGUUCCGUGGCAUCAACCCGCUCGUUCCGGCUGCGACAAUGGGAAGGUCGACUGGACCAACGGAUGAGCGAGCUGAAGGAGCAACAUCAGGGAGAGAAUGACUUGCACCUGGAGAUCCCGGGUCGCUGGGACUCGACCAUGUAUCCACAGAUUUUUGGCAUGCCCGAGUCGUUGUUGUUCCUACUAUCCCAAGUAACCCGACUGGGAAACGAACGAGACCUCUCCGAUUCAGGCACCUACACCGGUGCGCUAGACUUUAAGCAGUUUGCUGCGCGGGCACGGAGCCUGGAGCGGUGCAUCUCUACCUGGCGGCCCCCACCCAUAUCGGAUGAGGAUGCUGAUAGUAUCGUUGGCCAGGCAAACGCUACGCUCAUCCGCCUGAUGCUCUCUGCACUCCAUAAAGCCCUUCUGAUUUUCUUCUACCGGCGGGUGUACGAUGUAGACCCGAUGAUCCUACAAGACAAAGCGUGGCAAGUCCGAGACGCCCUUGCUCAGGUGGACAGAGACGAUGUCCCAGGGACUCGCGUGGCUGCACCCUUUGCCUGGGCGGCGUUCAUUGCCGCUUGCGAGGCCUUGGAGCCCACCCUCCAAGACUGGUUUGCGACCUGGUUCGAAACGUCCGCGCGACGAAGCGGGCUGGGAACCUUCAAGCUGGCCCUGCGAACGGCCAGGCAGGUUUGGGAGCGGCAACGACACCCUCUGAACAGCAGUGCCAGCACCAGUUGGCCGCAGAUCAUGCGGGAGAGCAACCUGAGUCUAUUCUACAUCUAACGACAUCAUGAGAAAAAAUAAUCCUGUCAUUGUCAUUAUACCCAGUGCAUCGUACAAUCAUUAUCCGGCUACCAGAAUGGCUCUCACUGUAGAAACCUCCCGUUGGACUGUUCCAACUCCAUUUCAUAAUCCGGCUGAAACUCACAAUAUAACGCUUCCUGUUGAUGUCAGCAUCAGCCAGCCACUUCGAGCUGGAUGCACUCACGGGGUCGCUGGUCAUCUUGAAUGUGAACUCAGCCGCUUCCGGCUCAAUGAGCUUCUUCUCCAUACCCUGAGCAGCAGCCGCAUCCACCUGAAGUUGAAUCUCGCAGCUCCGCUCGGCUAGGGUGAAGAGAUAUGCCGCCUCAUCGACCGUCUCUCCGACCGUGA